AGCAGCGCUCGGUGCUCUCUUGGCAGAAAGUCCUGGAGCUGAAGGAGGAUUUGAAGCCGGUCCCCGCUGCCCCUGCGGAGCAGCAGCCUCGCCCAGAGGAACUAAACUAUUCUUGUAGUGUCCCAUAGAAUUUCCCAGUCUUCUUCCUCUGGUUCUGAGUCUGCUCCUCCGCGUGGCACCUUGGAGUUUCUAGCUGGCACCAUUACCUCCAACGAGUGGAGUUCUCCCACCUCCCCUGAGGGGAGCAACGACUCGGGGGGCAGCGAGGCCUUGGACAAACCCAUCGACAAUGACGCCGAGGGCGUGUGGAGUCCGGACAUCGAGCAGAGCUUCCAGGAAGCGCUAGCCAUCUACCCGCCAUGCGGCCGGCGCAAGAUUAUCUUGUCAGACGAAGGCAAGAUGUAUGGCCGAAAUGAGUUGAUUGCCCGCUAUAUUAAGCUGAGAACAGGGAAAACACGCACAAGGAAACAGGUAUCUAGUCACAUCCAGGUCCUGGCAAGGCGGAAAGCUAGAGAGAUCCAAGCCAAGCUCAAGGAUCAGGCAGCUAAAGAUAAAGCCAUGCAGAGUAUGGCUACAAUGUCAUCUGCCCAGAUUAUCUCUGCAACUGCCUUCCAUAGUAAAAUGGCCUUGCCUGGUCUCCCACGACCAGCCUACCCUGCUGUUUCUGGGUUUUGGCAAGGACCAUUGCCAGGCCAAGCUGGAUCUUCCCAGGACGUGAAACCUUUCUCUCAACAACCUUAUGCUGUACAGCCUCCGCUUCCAAUACCAGGGUUUGAGUCUCCUACUGGCCUCUCACCUUCCCCAUCAGCACCAGCUUGGCAAGGACGAAGGGUUGCUAGCUCCAAACUUUGGAUGUUAGAGUUCUCUGCAUUCUUGGAACAACAACAAGACCAAGACACGUAUAACAAACACCUGUUUGUGCACAUUGGGCAGUCAAGCCCCAGCUACAAUGACCCCUACCUCGAGGCAGUGGAUAUCCGGCAGAUCUAUGACAAGUUCCCUGAGAAGAAAGGGGGCCUGAAGGAGCUCUUUGAAAGGGGGCCAGCUAAUGCCUUCUUCCUUGUCAAAUUCUGGGCUGAUUUGAAUACCAAUAUUGAAGAUGAAUCCAGAUCUUUCUAUGGUGUUUCCAGCCAGUAUGAAAGUCCAGAAAACAUGGUCAUCACCUGUUCCACCAAAGUAUGUUCCUUUGGAAAGCAGGUGGUAGAGAAAGUAGAGACAGAGUAUGCACGCUACGAAAACGGACACUAUUCCUACCGCAUCCACCGCUCCCCUCUCUGCGAAUACAUGAUCAACUUCAUCCAUAAACUCAAGCACCUUCCCGAGAAGUACAUGAUGAACAGUGUGCUGGAGAACUUCACUAUCUUACAGUGCAUGCUGCAGAAACUAGGACAGCACUUCUUCACCAUGCUGCUGACAGAGUCACGUUGUAGAGAUGCUAAGGGUCCUGAGGGGCCGUAGAAAAUAAAAUGGGAGAAAAGAAGCAGCUUCUGUAGGAAUGCGUGAGUGUAGCAGCCAUCCUUCUCCCAACACCUUCAGUGUACGGAAUGGGAAGUGUAAUGGAGUCAAAUCUGUAAGUCUCCUGUAAAAGGUGCUAUACUCUAUAAUCCUCGUGUUCUGUGUCUACCAUUGACAAGUAGGAGCAGAUAAAGGAAAACAACUGUCUGUGGUUGUGAUAUAUCAAUGUAUGUGUGAACAGGAGUGGGUGUGCCACAGGGGAGGGCCUCUCUCUCAAAAAACAGAGCAAAAAGAGCUUUUUUUUCUGAAACACUUUCCCUCUGCUGAAAUCUGCAACACCAGGGGUGGGAAGUAGAGAACCUGGUGGACUUGCUUCCACUGAUGUGAUCACUGCUUGGUCACAGUGGACUUUUCCUCACAGUGGACUCUGCUCACCUCCCUGUCUCUGCUGCACUGUAGUUCUGAGGCUGCAGAAGUGCUUUGGUGGUGUGGGCCAAGUUGUGUAUCAAUCCUGCACUUCUCUGUUCUUUGUCUAUUACUGACUUUCUACUUUAUGUUAAAUGUGUUGGAAUAUGUAAGCAGAGAAAUAGCAGUUGCCAUUUCA